AUCGCAGCAUGUGGUCCUCGUGGGAGGUCUUCUCCUAGCUGCUUCCGAGGCGGAUCCACGCUCGGCGCGUGAACGCGCAUGGAGGCAGGCGUGCACUGAAGUCUUUUCUCUCCCUCCUCUCGGGUUCCCGCUGAGCAUCCACAAUGGAGGCCGGGCCAGAGCAGUUCCUGAGCAGGAUCCUGGAGGACCUGGACGCCCAGCGCGCCAACAUGUCCGACCAGGAGCUGUGCACGUCGCUGUGCACGCGCAUGGACCUGGUGCACCUGGCCAAGCUGCGCGCGCACCUCCACCGCGCGGCCAGCGUGGACCCGGACUUUCCCGCCACGCUCUUCCGGGACAAGAUGCGCGGCCCCGCCGAGGACGCGCAGUCCAAGCGGCGCGCGCUGGCGGCGGACAUCGUCACCAUGCUCCACCUGAUCCGCGCGCGCGGCGGGGGCGUGGCGUCGGCCGCCGCGCACGGAGUCAAGCGGCAGGUGCACGCGGAGGCCAGGCGCGCGCGUCACCACUACGAGCCCCCCGCCGCGCACCUCACUAACUCCCCCCGCCCGGAAGUGCACCGGACCUUCCUUCCAGCCUCCGAGCCCAACUUCCUGUUGGGAGUUGGCGGAGGCCACAGGGGGUGCCGAGCCUCCUCCUUGGACAAACUGCACCACCUGCCCCAGUACUCCCCCUCGCCUCCUUGCCGGCGAGUGCACGCUCCGCCUCCGCCUCCGCCUCCGCCGCCACCGCGCACGUGCAUGCAGAAGCGGAACAUCUUCAAGGAGGACUUCCACAAGAUGGCCUCCUUCGGCCCACAGGUCGCCGCGGCCGAGCGCGAGCAGGACGUCAGGAGGGCGCAGCCGCACCGCCACGUGCCCGCCCCUUUUUUCAACCGCAGCUUCGAGGUGGCGUACAGCAAGCCCUACUGCCCGCCCCCCUUCGGCGCCAACCUGCAGGAGGGCCGGCGGGUCAAGCACGAGAGCCUGGACGACCUCCAGGCGUCUACGUACUUCGGGCCGACCACCGUGUCCGAGUGCGUGAGCGGCAGGAAGCCGGGUCGCCAAGGCGGGAAGCAGGGGGCGUGGCCAGUGAAGAGCCUGAGCCUCAACGUGGAGGAGGGGCCUCACGGGCAAAAGCAGGCCAAUUUCCAUCGCCACGCCAGCGUCGUCGGCGCCAACGAGACUCGCUUCCAGAGCCCCAAGCGACCGGCGGCGUAUUCCGGCGGCCUCGCCAGCGAUGCUGUGAAAACCAAGGAAGCCGCCGUGAUGGACAGGAAAGAGUCGGCCAAGAGGAUGUGGGACAAACGCAUCAACGGUCCGUCUUUUUAUGCGGCGGACGGCUCGGCGUGCAUCGGGACGCAAACGGAACACCCGAGAAAGGCGCCGCCGCGCGCCUUCAAGCACGCCGACGAGGAUUCGGAAAUGAUCCGCGACGACAUCAGCGACAUCUUCCGCUUCCUGGACGAGAUGAGCGUGUGCGACUCGCUGGGCGUGGUCCAGUCGUCGUGCUACGACAGCGCCGCCUCGCUGAGGUCGGAGGGCGACAGCUCGCCCGAGCGCAACACGGUCAAGCUGGCCAAGUCGCAGCUGGACCGCCUCCUGCGCUCGCUGGACAACACGGACGACGAGCUCAAGUCCAGCGUGUGCAAGCUGGUGGCGAGGAUCGGCGAGAUCGAGAGGAAGCUGGAGUCGCUGUCGGGCGUGCGCGGCGAGAUCUCGCAGGUCCUCUCCAAACUCAACAAGCUGGACCAGAAGAUCCAGGAGCCGGACGCCGCGCCCGCCUCCUCCCCGCCGGACGCCUCGCCGCGCGUCUUCCGCUGCCACACCCUCAACGUGGACGGCGACGCGAGGCCGGCGUCCCUGCGGAAGAACGCCUUCGCCAGGAUGUCGUCGCACUCGCUGGACGACGACUCCAAUGUGGUGGACGUCUCGCCGCGGGACUGGCGGACGCUGUCGUACUCGUGCCACCCCGACGCCGUCGACAAGGAGCGGGCCUGCCGUGCCAAAGAGGUGGACCAAUACGACUUCCCCGGGAUCAUCCGCCCCCUCAAGGGGACGAGGGAGUCCUACCUGUCGGAGCACCACCUGAGGCCGGCGGUCCCCGCCCACGCCAAAGGAAGUCCUCUGUAUUCGGGGCCGAGGCUCGGCGGGCCGUCCUGGACCGUGGAGGACUACAAACACAACUCAGGAGACGCUUUGGACCCGCAGGCGGAGUCGCUGAACCCGAACAAGCUGGAGUUCUGGAUGGAGGACGUGUACACGCCGGGCUACGACUCGCUGCUCAAGAGGCGGGAGGCGGAGUUCCGCAGGGCCAAGGCGUGCAAGAUCGGCGCUCUCAUCGCCGCCACCUUCAGCGUCAUCCUGGUCAUCGUGGUGCCCAUCUGCACCAUGAAGACGUAGCGUGGCGGGACAGGGAAACAGGAAGUAGCACAGCUGGCAAUUAGUCGUAGCCCGUGAACCCCCCCCGUUCUGAUCCUGGACUUGACCUCGGACCAGGGCAAACCGCACGAAUGUAUUAAUCACCUGGCCAGAGUCUGGAAUGUUCUUUGUCUGAUAGCAGAAUGUGUCUGUCUUCUGAUGGACCUGUCCAGGUUCUGAAUGUCAUAUUUACCUUCUGGAAUGUUCUCUGACUGGACUUCCUGUGACGGAAUGUUCCACAAUAAACUUCCUGUUGUGUCUUGG